GGAAGAGGAGCGUGAGCGCGUUGAGACAGAUCAGAGACGGUCCUUCCCAAAGUAAGCAGUGCGCAGUGCGCACCGCCUUCGUUAUCUUUUGGUUCGCUCCACCCACCACCUUCCGUCCAUCCAUCCAUAUGCCAUUAGCCCUCAAAAUUCCUCUCUUUCAAUUCAAUUCCUUUCCUUUUCCUUUUCCUUUUCCUUUCAGCCAAAUUGGCUUCCCCAGAUGCUCAUUCCCCCCAUCAGAUCCUGCUCGAUCUUGUUUCUGACCCAUUAGAAUGCGCUUCUCUCUCUGUUUCUCUCACUUUCCCCUUCCCUCCCCCUUUUGAUUCCACUUUUCUUCCUCCAUUUCUCUGUUCCUUGUGAUUAUUAUGAGGACCCCCGGGUUCUGGGUCAUGGGGAUUCUUCUCUUUCCCCUGAUGUUUGGUUCCGCCCACUCGGUUAGGGUUUCCGAUUCAGCUCCCUUCUGCCCUGCUGAAUCUUUUCUGGAUACGAUCUUUCGCUUUAGGGAUUGGAACUCGAACUGCCCUUUUCAUGGUCGGGAUGGGCACUAUGAAUUUAUUGGUGUUUCUGAGGGAGAUGAAGCCUCAUUACAAAUGGCUCUGAAUAUGGUACAUAAAAACCGUUAUGAAUACGUCGCAGUGCUCUUCUAUGCAUCUUGGUGCCCGUUCUCCAAGUCCUUUAGGCCGAGUUUUUCAAUACUAUCCUCAUUAUAUCCUUCUAUCCCGCAUUUUGCAAUCCAAGAAUCAGCUGUCAGGCCAAGCAUACUUUCUAAAUAUGGGGUUCAUGGUUUUCCUACACUUUUCCUUUUAAAUUCUACAAUGCGUGCUCGCUACUAUGGUUCUCGAACUCUCCCUUCUCUUGUUGCAUUCUAUAAUGACGUUACUGGCAUUCAGACCGCAUCACUGGAUCAAAUAUCUCCAGAUAGAAUCGGACAAGUAUGGAAUCACGAGAAGCAUGAUGAUAACAGUGAGCAGGAAAAUUGUCCAUUCUCAUGGGCAAGGUCUCCAGAAAAUUUACUUCGGGAAGAGACAUAUUUGGCUCUGGCCACUGCAUUUGUGCUAAUGAGAUUGAUGUAUAUUUUCUUUCCAACUCUUUUAGUCUAUGCCCGAUAUGUUUGGCGAAGGCACCUUAGGAACAUGAGAUUGGGAACCUUGUGGGAACGACCUUUGACAUGCCUGAAAGGAGCAAUUCAGUUAUUCAGCCAUUUCAAGGAUCCGUGCAAGAGAAGCAAUUUACAAGGAGGGGCUAUGAAUGCCAGGGCUUGGGCCAAGUCUUUUGCCACAGUUUCAAUCGGUGAUGCAAGCUCUAGUAGUCGGGUGUGCCAGUGAGAAUGUUGUCGAUGUGCAUCAAAUCACUUAAUGGGAUGGUACUGUGGUGAGCUGCAGAAAAUGCCAUCUGGAGCCUCGAGUAGUUUUUGGGUUCAACAUCUCGUCAACAAAGGUAAAACAUGGAUACGCGUCCUAAUCAAAUUAUUUUUUUGUUGUAGGAUUUAGUUCAAAAUUUGUUACGCAUCUGCAAAUGAUGUCUGAACCAAUUUGUGUAUAGGAAUGAAUAACCAACAGACUCUUUCCCUCCCUUCUGUGUAACUUCUUGCUUGUGGGGCUGCGAAUGCCACAGUCAUUUGUGGUAGGGUAGGUUCUGAAGUAGUGUUCAUUCUUUUCAUAUCUUUGUACUGCUAACUGGAGGUUAUUGUGCCCAAAACCUUGUGUUUGUAACAUUGUCGGACGAAUUCUACAUCUACUUCUGUUCUCGAAUGUCGUCAGUGUUAGCGACUAAAUGUUGUAAAGUGAGUUGUUUCAAGGCCUCAAAAUCGUUCCAUCAUUGAAGAUUUACCCUUA